AUGCAUGAUGAGUUUGCUGGAAAUUCUAAUGGUUGGAAAACGAUCGGGAGGAAAGGCGGAGGGCUGAAUCAACCGCUUAUAGACCGGGGUGUUACUGCUAUGCCGGUUCGGCGAGUAAUCCCUUCCAAGGUAGAAUGCAACUACCGUCAAGGCCGGAUGGCUAUCGUCGAUUCAAAGCGAGUAGAGGUGCACUACGUGACAUUGAGAAGAGUCGGGGAGACUAGGCGAGCCUUCGAUGCGGUCGCUAGCCAUAUUAGCCCGUAUAGACUUGAGAGAUUGGUUGAGAACCCCGAUCCGAUAGAAGUAGUAGUUGAGGAAUUGGUUCUUCCUAAUGCUCAUGGGGCUACCACUCGAGCUAGUAGAGGUAAUGGUCAAACAAGGGCUUUUAUGCGGGUGACCACUAGAAGUGGUGGGGUGAAAACUAGAGGUGGUAGUAGGCGGGUGCCUACCACCGUAGCUCUU